UGCAAACCACCACCAUGGCCUCCGUCUUCCGGCCCCGGCGGUGCCAGCUGACCAAGGACGAUGGGCAGAGCUACGGAUUCUACCUCCGCAUCGAGCAGGACACGGUCGGCCACCUGGUCCGCGUGGUGGAGCCGGGCAGCCCUGCGGAACGGGCCGGCCUGCAGGACGGGGAUCGGGUCCUGAGGGUCAACGGGACCUUUGUGGACCAAGACGGGCACACGAAGACGGUGGAGCUGAUCCGGAGCUGUGGAAAUACGGUGACGUUCCUGGUGCUGGACGGGCCGUCCUACGAGGAGGCUGUGAGGCAGGGGGUGGCCCUGCAGGAGCUGGGGCCGAAUCGGGAGCCCCCGUGCCCGGUGGCUAACGGCGUGGCAGGGGCAGGGGCCAGGCGGCCUCGCUUCUGCUACCUGGUGAAGGAUGGAGAUAGCUUCGGCUUCUCCCUGAAAACCGUCCAAGGGCAGAAGGGCGUGUUCAUGGUCGACUUGACCCCCCAAGGGGUGGCCUCCAGGGCUGGGGUGCAGCCCAAUGACCGUCUGAUCGAGGUUAAUGGUGAGAACGUGGAGAAUGACAACCACAGUCAGGUGGUGGACAAGGUGAGGCGGGCAGGCAGCCGGGUGAUGUUCCUGCUGGUGGACAACGAGGCAGAGGAGCAGCACGGAGAGCAGCAGCAGCGGCGGCCCCGGAGGGAGGCGGCCAGCCUGGGUCUGCUCCCGCACAAGCCCCGGCUCGUGGACAUCAGCAAGGGCAGCGGCGGCUACGGCUUCUACCUGCGCGUGCAGCCCGGCCUCGGCGGCCAGAUCAUCGAGGACGUGGACUCGGGCAGCCCGGCGGAGAAGGCCGGUCUGAGGAACAAUGACCGGCUGGUGGCGGUGAACGGGGAGUCCGUGGAAGGCCUGAACCACGACAGCGUGGUGGAGAAGAUCAAGGAGGGCGGAGACCACAUCUCGCUCCUCGUGGUGGACCAGGAGACCGAUUCCAUGUACAAACUGGCCCAGGUCUCCCCUUUCCUCUACUACUGGUCCAUCCAAGACCUUCCUAACGGUGCAGCCCCAGGGGGGCAGCCGGAGCCCGCUCCUGCCGAGGAAGAAGUCCCCGUCCCCCAGCCCCGGCUGUGCCGGCUGGUCAAGGGCCCCGGGGGAUAUGGCUUCCGCCUGAAUUCUAUCAUCGGCCAGCCCGGCUGCUUCAUCAAAGAGGUGCAGAGAGGGAGCCCGGCUCAGCUGGCCGGCCUGCGGGACGAGGAUGUGGUCAUCGAGGUGAACGGGGUGGACGUGCAGGGGGAGCCCUACGACCAGGUCGUGAGCAGGAUCCAGACCAGUGGGGGGCGAGUGACCCUGCUGGUGGGCGAGAGGGUGGCGCGGGGGGCACCCUCCCAGGCCGGAGUCCCGCCCCCUGCCGCGCCAGGACCAGGGACGGCCUCGCCCUACGUGGCAAAAGCACGGGCUGCCAGAGCGGCCUCCUGCACCUCCUCUGACUCGGAAGACACAGAGCUGUGACGGGCGCUCGGCCCCGGCCGCCUCUCCCCUGCAGCAGCCGCCGCCGCCCCUCGCCCACUCCCCAUUCUCCGCCGCCCCACGAGGUGCAGCGGGCACCCACUCCCCCGCCCCUGCCGGCCCGAGCCGCCCCCGAGCUCGGAACACCGGAAGGCACAGGCCCCCCACAAUAAACAUCGGGGCGACUCACA